GCCAUCACCGAGGAGAGCCAGAAGAUCAUCGACAAGGUCAGCAAGAGGGCGAAGGCCGCCCAGGACGGCAAGCUCAAAGGCGCACCCUGGCGCGCCGCGCAGCCCCAGGCCCCGCCGCCGAAGGCGCCGCCCGCACAGCGGCGGGCGCAGGCGCAGCAGCUGCCGCCGUGGCGGCGGGUGCAGCAGCAGCAGCAGCCCGCACCGCCGCCGAGCAAGGCCGGCAAGGCGUCGAUGUCCAAGGCGGCCGGCGUGAGGGCCACGAGGAUGGGCGCCAUCGCCAAGUCCCAGGGCGGGCCGGGGAAGAGGCCCGGCAAGUCCUCGGCACCGGUGCCCGCGGGCUCGAUCCCCACAAAGGCGGGGAUGCUGCCCACGAAGCGGCUCGGGCUGCUCGAGCUCGAGUGGGCAAUCGAGGAGGAGGCGCCGCGCAAAGGAUCGCACUAG